AUGCCCCCAUCGCGCAUCGCCCUCGCCGGCGCAACCGGCACCCUCGGCCCCGUCAUCCUCGCCGCCCUCCUCUCCGCCUCCCACACCGUCACAGUCCUCACCCGCACCGGCUCCCGCUCUACCGCCAAGCUCGCCCCGCACCCCAGCCUCACCAUCGCAGAAGUAGACUUCGCUUCUCCCGCAAGCAUGCUGCCCUUCCUCUCAGGCAUCGACGUCGUCGUCUCGUGCGUAGCAGCCAGCGCCCUGGGCUCUCAGAACCCGCUCAUCGACGCCGCGGUGCAGGCCGGCGUGAAGCGCUUCAUACCCGCUGAAUUCGGGCUCGACAGCAUGAACGAGAAGGCUAUGCUGCUUCCUGUUAUUGCGCCUAAGGUUGCGACGCAGAAGUAUUUGAAUGAGAAGGUUAGGGAGAGUAAGGGGGGGUUUAGCUGGACGGCGGUCGCGAACGGGUGGUUUCUUGAUUGGGCGCUGGAGACUACGACGUUUUUGAUGGAUGUUAAGGGGAGGAAGGCGACGUUGUACAAUGGCGGGGAUGUGAGGUUCAGUGCGACGUUGUUGGGGGAUAUAGCGAAGGCGGUGGUGGGGGUGGUUGAGAGGAGGGAGGAGACGAGGGAUAGGGUUGUGUAUGUGCAGUCUGCGGUUGUGACGCAGAAGCAGCUUAUUGGGUAUGCGAAGGAGAAAGACGGGAGGGAGUGGAGCUUCACGACGAAAGGAACGGAUGAGGUGUUAGGGGAGAUUGAGGUAGCGGUGGCCAAGGGGGAUUUCCACGCACAGUUUGUGCUGAGUCCGAUUGUGGGGUGUUCGGAUCCGGAGUAUGGGUGUGAUUAUUCGGGGCAUUCGGAUAACGAGCUUUUUGGUAUCCAGGAGAUGAGCGAGGAGGAACUGAGGGCGUUGGUGCAAGGACUGAUGUAA